AAAAUCAUACACAGACCCAGUAGUCAGAUAACUUUAGAACCACGUGCUGAAUUAACCAAUAAAUUUUCAAAAAAACAAACAAUAAUGGCAGCAGCAGUUCCAUUGGGAAAAAGUUGGAAAGAACACAACAAAAUUCACAAAGAAAAUAGAAAAAAAUGGCGGGAAGAAAAGCUCAUGAAGAAAAUAUCUCAAACAAAAGAACCAAAAGUCGAAGAAGUUACGGAAGAAGAGAAAAUUUCAAACAAAGUUAAAAAAAUAGUACCGAGUUUAACCAUUGCCGUGCCAGGGUCGAUCCUAGACAACGCCCAGUCCCAAGAGUUGAGGACGUACCUGGCAGGGCAAAUUGCUAGGGCGGCUUGCGUCUACAAGGUCGACGAAAUCGUGGUCUUUGAUGACCAGGGGGAAAUUACUGAAGAGGAGCGACAGUCGAAAAGGGUGAGGGUCGAAGGUGUUGACAAUUUUGCCUACCGGAGAGCUUGCCUGCAGUUGGCCAGGAUCCUCCAGUAUCUAGAGUGCCCGCAGUAUUUGAGGAAAUAUUUUUUCCCUCUACAUAAAGAUCUUCAGUACGCGGGAGUUUUGAAUCCUCUGGAUGCUCCCCAUCAUCUGAGGCAGAAUGACCACUGCGAGUUCCGGGAGGGAGUCGUAGUGGACAAGCCUCUGAAGCCGGGGAAAGGGUCACAGGUCAACUGUGGCCUGCUGAGGGAUGUAGAGAUUGACAAAACUUUGACCCCUGACCUGAGGGUCACGGUAAGGAUUCCGGAAGAGCAGGAGGGCAAGAAGAUCAAGGGCUUGGUGGUGAGUCCCAGGACUCCUAGGGAAGAGGGUUUGUACUGGGGCUACACAGUCAGGUUGGCGAGAAGUCUUACGGAAAUUUUUGAAAAAUGCCCUUAUGAGGAAGGCUACGAUCUGACGGUAGGAACUUCGGAUAAGGGGAAAAGUGUUGAUGAGAUUCAAGACGGUGCGCUGAAGUACAAGAGAGGUCUGAUUGUGUUUGGAGGACUCGCGGGAUUGGAGGCCGCAGUCGAGGGAGAUCCGAAGCUGGACAUUGAGGACCCCAGGCUGCUUUUUGGGGAGUAUGUCAACACGUGUCCGAAUCAGGGCUCAAGAACUAUUAGGACUGAGGAGGCAAUUUUUAUCAGUCUGGCGGAGAUGAGAAAGAAGAUGGUCCCUGUGAGUGAGGAGAAUUGAAGUUUUUAUUUUUAAUAAAGUGAAAUUUUGUAAAUUUUGUGUUGUUAUUUUGGCAGAAAAUGUAAUUCUACAAAAAAUGAGUACCCACAUGAGUAUAUUUUGAUUGCGUGAUUUUUUUUUUUGAAAAUUUGCAAAGCUAGAUUUUGAGUUUUUGUGAUUUAACACUAGUGAUGUUGGUACUCAUUUUACGCAGAAUUUCAAUCCCUAUACAGCCCUAAUAUUAAAAUUGUUCUAA